GGCAAGAAUUACGCCUUUGCUGAAGAAAAGUACACUUAAUUCAACUGAUGUGAAGAACUACAGACCUGUCUCCCUUCUUCCUUUCUUGUCAAAGGUUUUGGAGAAAGUGGUCUUCAAGCAAAUGUGUGACUUCCUCUAUCAGAAUAACCUACUAGACCCUAUACAGUCUGGUUUCAAGAGUGGUCAUUCUACUGAAACUGCUCUUCUAUCUGUGACUGAAGCAUUGAGAGUGGCUAAGUUCUCUGCUCAGUCAUCAGUGUUAAUUCUGUUAGAUUUAUCUGCAGCCUUUGAUACGGUUAACCAUGACAUUCUCCUUUCUACACUAUAUGAACUGGGAAUUUCUGGGAAAGCUCUUGACUGGUUCAAGUCUUACCUUAAAGGGCGUUCUUUUAGCGUUGUUUCCCAUCGGAUCUCUGCAUGCCUGAAGGACAUUUCAAUCUGGAUGAAGGAUCAGCACCUUCAGCUUAAUCUUUCCAAAACUGAGCUCUUGGUGUUUCCAGCAAAAACAGCUAUUCCCCAACAGAUCAAUAUCCAGCUUGAUUCAUCCGCACUGACUCCAACCAGAUCGGCACGUAACUUGGGUGUCAUAAUUGAUGACCAACUUACUUUCUCUGAGCAUGUUGCCUCAAUUGCAAAGUCAUGUCGGUAUACCCUGUACAACAUUAGGAAGAUCAGACCUUAUCUGACACAAGAUUCCACUCAGCUUCUUGUACAGGCAAUGGUUAUCUCCAAGCUGGACUACUGUAAUUCUCUGUUAGCUGGCCUACCUGCUUGUGUAUUAAGACCACUACAGUUGAUUCAGAAUGCUGCAGCACGACUGGUCUUCAAUCAGCCAAAGAGGACACAUGUAACCCCUCUCCUAGUUACUCUCCACUGGCUCCCUAUAGUAGCCAGAAUUAAAUUUAAAUCUCUCACUCUGGCCUAUAGGACACUGACUGGAUCUGCUCCCAGCUACUUCAGUUCUUUAAUCACGAUGUACAUUCCCAACCGCCCAUUGCGAUCUUCUGAGGAGCGUCUGUUAUGUCGACCAACCAUACAUGCUAGGUCAAAUUGUAGAUCCUAUUCUUCAGUGGUUCCGUGUUGGUGGAAUGAGUUGCCCAGUGCUCUCCGUUCCAGCAACAGCUUUGGAUCUUUUAAGAGGGGUCUUAAGGCAUAUUUAUUUAAUAUGCACUUAGUCCUUUGAGUUUGUGAUGUGUUAUGGUUUGUAUAAUAGUAUUGUUUUGUUAUAAUUUGUCUAUUGAUAGAAUUUGAAAUUUAUUUUGCUAUUGUCCUUAAAUUUAGCCAUACCAUGCUUUAGUUAUUAUUAUUAUAUAUAAUUAACUGAGUGACUUAUUUGAUUGCUAUUCUCAUUUCACUGUUUUAUUUCUCAUUAGGUUAGUGCUUAAAAUUAUUGUUUUACUGAUAAUAUUACUAUUCUCCCUAGUUUGUAAUUGUUCACUGUUAAUUUAAUUUGUAUUGUUAUUUAUUUGUAUGUCGCUUUGGACAAAGGCGUCUGCUAAAUAACCAUAGCCAUAGCCAUAGCCAUAGCCAAAAGCCCAAAUUGAACAGACAAAUAGAUGAAUUUAUAUGGCCGCCUUUUAAGUCUGACAUAUUCUUCUCCAGAUGAAUAGUGUCCAUUUCAACCUAGGCCCGUUUCACUUUUUCAAGUUGUUAAAGCAUUUUUCAAAAUGUAGCUG